GUGGCCGCCAACCUGGCCAUGCCGCCACGGGAGCAGCUGGCGCCGGCGGAAAAGCGCCGCAUCUUCCAGUACUACCUGCCUGUCUUCUUCUGGUGCCAGCGCCAGCUUCAGCAGCACCGCACCGCCGGCAGCGGCGGCACGCCGCUGGUCCUGGGCAUCAGCGCGCCGCAGGGCUGCGGCAAGACCACGCUGUGCGAGCAGCUGGAGGCCCUGUUUGCCUACACCGGCUCCACCGCCGCCUCCAUCUCCAUAGACGACUUCUACCACACCUACCAGGGCCAGCAAGCGGUGUCGGCGGCGCACCCCGGCAACCCGCUGCUGCAGAUGCGUGGCAAUGCAGGGUCCCACGACAUGCAGCUUGGCACAGACACGCUGCGCGCGCUGCGAGGCGCUACGUCAGCGGGCAGCAGCGUGCCAGUCCCUCGCAGAUACGACAAGUCUGCCUACAGUGGGCAGGGCGACCGCGCCGACCCCGCCACCUGGCCCGUGGCCACCGGCCCCGUGGAUGUGGUGCUGUUUGAGGGCUGGAUGCUGGGCUUUGGGCCCGUGGACGACACAGCAGCAGCGGCGGUGGACCCAAACCUCGCCCCGGUGAACACCUUCCUGCGCAGGCAAGGCAGGAUGAGACAGGGCUACAAGCAGGCCUGGGAUUCGUUUGUGGAUGCCUGGCUGGUGGUGCGGGUGGCGCAGCCCGACUACGCCUACCGCUGGCGCCUGCAGGCGAGGCGCUGCUGCCGGGCAGCGGAGCAGGCGAUGCGGGCAUCCGGCAAGCCCGCAAUGACCGACGAGCAGGUGGCGGCGUUUGUGGACCGCUUCAUGCCCGCCUACCGCUGCUACCUGCCGGGGCUAUAUGCGAAAGGGCCCACCACCGCGGCACCUGGCCGACUGCUGGUGGUGGAGGUGGAUGAGGGGCGGGAGCCGGUGGCGGCGCAGCCCGCGGCCAUCAUGUGAUGGCGUUGGAGUGACACAGUUAUUGUUCAUUGCAGUUUUCAAUUCACAAUUUUCUGCACAACCAGCCACGAAAUGCAAAACGAGGCUCAC